ACUUACCUACCUGCGGUUCGUCUCGCUCGGUGUGUCUCAGCGCUCGUUGGAAACCGGCGCGUGAGAGGACUCGCCUCUGGAGUGUGUGAGAGUGGGUCGACGCGGCGAACAGAGAGACGGGUACGCGCGCACGCGCGCGCGCGCGCACCGCGUCGUCGUCACGAGCAAGCGGUGUACAACGAGCGUUUGUACCCGAGUCAACGAGUUCGAUCUGAUACCCGAAGUUGUAUCCUCUUCCUCUUUGUUAUCGACGCGGCUGUUUCGUAUAGUUCUCGAUUGCCUGUCUAAACUAGUGGUCUCUCCUCUUGUCCCGGCCCGUCGCCCAUCGGAGCUUAACGUGCGUGCGCGCGCGCGCGCGCGCGAAACAGUAGUACGGGUUUGCAGCAGGAAUACACAAAAUGGUGCUAGCGUCGAAGUGCACGAUUGCUUGAACCACAAGGUGUGCAGGAGGUUGCGUGUUAUAAGAAAAUGGAUGAAUUUGCCGGUGAUGGCGUGGAUCUGUAUGAUGAUGUGAUUGCUGCACCAGCUGGUGGUAAUGGUGGCGUUUCCUCUGGUAAUACCGGAGAUGGUGGUGGUGAUACCACGUCUCCUAACGAAGAAACUAAUGGAAAUGCACCUUAUCAUCAACUUGGCAAUAAUAUACAGCCGAAUCAAAUUGGUAGACGACAUCAGUUAUAUGUUGGAAAUUUAACUUGGUGGACAAGCGACCAGGACAUUACAGACGCAGUUCAAAGCAUUGGAGUGACUGAUUUUGUGGAAGUGAAAUUUUUUGAGAAUCGUGCUAAUGGGCAAUCUAAAGGUUUUUGUGUGAUAUCUCUUGGUUCCGAGCAAAGUAUGAGGAUAUGCAUGGAAAGAUUACCCAAGAAAGAGCUUCAUGGUCAGAAUCCAAUAGUAACGUUUCCAACAAAGCAGGCAUUGAAUCAAUUUGAGUCGCAGUGUAAGACGCGACCCGCUCCGGCUCCUCAACAGAGUCAGAGCCAACGUCCUCAUAAUCCACAUCAACAUCAACCACCAAUGCCACCUCAUCAACAGCACCCUCAACACCCUCAACAUCCUCAACAUUCACAACAAAAUCACGGUCCUAGAAUGAUGAUGGGUCCUCCGCAGGGCGUGAGACCACAGAGAAUGCCGCCUCCAGGAAUGGGUCCACCGGGUCCUGGUGGACCCGGUCAACAAGUGCCACCGCGUAUGCACGGUCCACCCAUGGGUCCUGGCCCGGGACCUCACCAUCCUCUACCCGGUCAUCCAAAUCAGGGUCCACCGCCUGGCUACCAGCAAGGACCAUGGAACGGGCCACGCCCUAAUGGCCCACCAGGUCCACCUAGAGGUCCAAGUGGUCCUGGUGGUCCACCGCAACAAGGUCCUCCCGGACCAGGUCCUGGCCAGCACAGGCCGCCGGGUAUGCAAUUUCAUGGUGGUCCGCCUGGACCGCCUGGUCAAGGACCUCCUCGCGGCCCACCUGGACAUCCCGGUGGACCACCAGGGGAUCCACGAGGAGCGCAACCCCGUCCUGAAUGGAACAGACCACCAGGAAUGCAUCAUGGGCCUCAGGGACCACCUGGUUUCCCUCAACAUCAACAUAUGCAAGGGCCGCAGCCUAGCCAAGGCCCACCACAGAGAGGACCUCCUCCAGGUUCUAUGGGUGGACCAGGAGGUCCGCCACCUGGACAUGGCGGUCCUCCUCAAGGACCUCCCCAAGGACCACCCGGCGGUCCGGCGCCGCAUGUGAAUCCCGCGUUCUUCCCGCAAGGUCCACCGCAUCAGCAUCCUGGCCAACAUCCGCCAGGCCCGCCUGGUCCACCUCAUGGUCCACCCCAUGGACCACCUCAUGGGCCACCUCAUGGACCACCUCAUGGUCCGCCACAUGGACAACCGCACGGACCACCCCAUGUACCGCCACAUGGUUACGGACCGCCAAGCGCGCAGGCAUCAUAUGGAGCGCCCGGACCUGAUCAUCGUCCAGAAGGUCCUCCUCCGCUUACCGAGCAAGAAUUCGAAGAGAUCAUGGGUCGUAAUCGCACAGUAUCUUCUUCAGCGAUUGCGCGUGCAGUCUCUGACGCCGCGGCAGGCGAAUACGCAAGUGCCAUAGAAACCCUGGUCACCGCUAUCUCGUUGAUCAAGCAGUCCAAAGUAGCAGCGGAUGACAGAUGCAAGAUCCUGAUCAGUUCUCUACAAGACACCUUACGUGGUGUCGAGACCAAAAGUUACGGAUCUGGACGUAGAGAGCGUUCGCGUUCGCGUGAUAGGGAACGCAGUCACAGAAGACGGCGGGAACGGUCCAGGAGCCGGGAUCGCGAGUAUCGCGAGCGUAGCAGAGACCGGGAUCGUGAGCGCGACCGGGAGCGUGACCGCGAAAGAGAAAGAGACCGCGAUAGAGACAGGGAGCGUUAUUACAGCGAACCAUAUCCGAGAGAGCGAUCACGCAGCAGAGAGAGAGAGCGUGAACGUGAAAGAGAUCGUGAAUAUAGAGAACGAAGCAGAGAAGAGAGUACAACACGUCAGUCAGCCAGGCCAAGAGUAAAAGAAGAACCGCCAGAGACGGCACCUGUCUCGUCUUCCAAGACGUCUAGGUAUUAUGAUGAUCGCUACAGAGAACGUGAGCGUGACAGAGAUCGAGAACGAGAAUCAAGCCGAAGACCAUCCGAACGGGAGCGGGAACCGGAACGGGAACGGGAACGGGAACGGGAACGGGAACGGGAACGUGAUCGACGUGACGAGAGAGGAGACUCCUCACAUCGCUCAAGACAUUAAAAUGACUAUCAGGAGAGGAAGAAAGCACCGACAGGCAUGAUGUGUAUCGCAUUGUGAUUGCUGUCCCCUUAAUUCACGCAGUAAACUGUUGUGUCGCUUAAUGUGUUCACAAUGUAUGUGACAUCAAAACGUUUUUAACGAUGAGUAAGAAUAUCAAGAUACGUUCUAUGUGUGAGACAAA